UGUGCAGAGGAGUGAAUGCCCCAUGUUGUGUUAGUGCCUGUCUGCCAUGCUGGCCUGUCUGCCAGGACCAGGUGACCUCUCCUUUCAGCUUCUUUCUUACACGCAGAUGAACACUGGACUUCAGAAAUGGGACACUACACAGAAAAUGAGAUCUGCACAGUAUCCUACCCCAGCAGAAUUGGAUGCUUAUGCUAAGAAGGUCGCCAACAAUCCACUGACUAUCAAAAUCUUUCCAAACAGUGUCAAGGUUCCCCAGAGGAAACACAUACGCCGUACUGUGAACGGACUCGAUACUUCGUGCCAGAGGUACAGUCCCUACCCGUCUCAGGCCACCACGAAAACGGGCCUCCUGGCGAUAGUCAAAUCCCCAGCGAAAGGCAUCAUCAAAGACUUUGACGGGACGCGCGCGCGCCUGCUGCCGGAGGCGAUGAUGAAUCCCCCUUCCGCGCCGUACGUUGCACCUAGCACUUUAACCCACCCCCAGGCGCUUGCUCGCCAGCAAGCUCUCCAGCAUGCACAGACUUUGCCGCACCCCCAGAGCAUCCCGCAGCCACAGACUCUGCAGCACCCUCAGGGUAUUCCACAGCCACAAAGCUUACCGCACCCUCAGGGGAUACCGCAGCCGCACCCUCAGAACAUGCCGCAGCCCCAGGGCUUGCAGCACCCUCAGACCAUGGCACACCAGACUCUGCAGCACCCCCCGAAUCCUUUGCUGCAGCCGGGUUUACAUGGAAGCAGAAAGAUGCCGGAUGCAGAUGCGCCGCCGAAUGUGACCGUGUCUACCUCAACCAUCCCCCUCUCGAUGGCUGCCACCCUGCAGCAGAACCAGCCGCCGGACCUGAGCAGCAUUGUGCACCAGAUUAACCAGUUCUGCCAGGCCAGAGCUGGCAUUAGCACUACCUCAGUGUGUGAGGGACAGAUCGCAAACCCCAGCCCUAUCAGUCGCAACCUGCUUAUCAAUGCAAGUACCAGGGUAUCUACUCACAACGUCCCCACGCCCAUGCCUUCCUGUGUAGUAAACCCUGUAGAUCAUGCUGCUGCUGCUAUCCCUCCUGCCUCUGUUAACGUGCCCAUGGUGAAUAUUAACAGGGUGCCGCCCGCCUACCAGAACGACAUCAAAUCGGUGGCGUGGAACCAGCACCAGCUUGCGCAUCUGCAGCAGAUGUGCGGGGAUGCUGCUGGGCCCGCUGGACUCGCAGGGAAGCACCCUCCGAGAGAGAUCGCGGGGCAGAGCUUUCCCGGCAAAGCUUCCAACUACCCUCAAGAACUCUGCAUGGGCCAGUCCUUCAGCUUGAAGCCCCCCAUGGAGAAGCCUACGCCUUCGCCCCCUGUCAACGGCUUGCAGGGACCCUUGCCAUAUACCAAUGGGCACUAUUUCCAGCCCAUCUGGAAUAACAUUCUGCCCACACCCAACAGUGACAGCUCUGGGUCCCAGGACCUCGCCAUGCCUUUCCACGGGGGACAGCCAGCCGGAGCGCCGCUCGAUUGCGCGGGAGGAACUCAUUACAGAGCCGGGGCUGGCCCAGCCAGCCAGAAUAAUGUGAUGCAGACCAUGGAUUACCUAAGCGGGGACUUCCAGCAGUCCUGCUUCAGAGAUCAGAGCAUGGCCGUGCUGGGAAAAGUCCAUCGGCCUCCCAUGAACCGAGCACCUGAACCAACCGAUAGUCGAAAUCUUCAUAUUCAACACCCAGGGUAUAGAUAGGCUGCAGUCACUUUCACAGACAAAACAACAAAAAAAAAAAUUAGAGGUUUAGUCUUAA